CAGGGCGUGUAGUACGCGAAGUGGGUGGUAAGCUCUAAAACCCUAAACCCUAAAACCAUCCCAAAGAAAAAGAAAAAAAAAAAAAAGGCCGAAUUUUGGCGGGAAAAUUUCCCAAAUUCCAAAUCCGAAUUUCACGCCCUUAAUUCUCAUGCAAACCAAUUCGUACACAGCACCCAAUUCCCAGCACCUUCCGAUUCGAUGGAAAUCUACGGGACCCCAUUUCGCGACCCGGAAAGUGGCGCCCAAUAAACUCAAGAACCGUUUCAAAACCCUAACUUUCACCGAUUCCCUGAGAACCUCGCUCGACUACGAACCCGAGGAAGGCAUCGAUAAAGGAUUCAGACCCGGACUCAGACCCACCUCCCAGGGUCGCCUCCCCGUGGUGAUUCGUAGGUCUGGUAGGGUUUCUAGGUACUUCUGGGAUGGGAAUUGUUUGCAAUUGGUUCGUGUGGACGGCCGUGCGUCGUUUUUUUCGUCCGAUUUUGAUGAUGGGUUUCGGAAAUUAUUUAAAAUUCUUGGUUCAGCUGUCAGGGAUUUCUUUAUCCCAAAGCAAGUUAAUGGGAAUUACAUGUAUUACGUGAAAUGGAAGUUUUUGCACCGGGUUUUUAGCUCUGCGCUCCAGGUGCUUGCCACUCAGGCAAUGUUCCGCGCUAUAGGAAUCGGGUACUCUCAUUCGCUUCCAUCUGCUGCAGCCCUUAACUGGGUCUUGAAAGAUGGACUUGGACGGCUUAGUAGGUGCAUCUACACUGCUGGCUUUGCAUCUGCUUUUGAUACCAAUUUGAAGAGAGUUAGGUUCUCGACAUCUGUUAUGUUCAGUUUGAGCAUUGGAGUGGAGUUGCUGACUCCUGCAUUUCCUCAGUACUUCUUGCUUCUUGCAUCUGUUGCUAACAUUGCCAAACAAAUAAGCCUGGCAUCCUACUUAGCCACCAAUACAACUGUUCAUCGAAGCUUUGCUAUAGCCGAUAACCUUGGUGAAGUUUCUGCAAAGGCACAGAUCCAAACAGUGUGCUUUGAUAACCUUGGCCUAUUGCUUGCUGCACUUCUGAAUAUGCUGCUGAAGAACAAUCAAAGAUUGUAUGCAGGUUUACCUUUUAUCAUAUACCCUAUUUUCUCAGCAGUUGAUCUUUUCGGAAUAUAUCAGGGGCUUAAACACGUCCAUCUGCAGACACUAACUAAGGAUAGACUUGAGAUUAUACUAAAUACGUGGAUCGAGUCAGGAUACGUCCCUUCACCUGCAGAAGUAAGUAAAGAGGAGGGAGUUGAUUUCCUGUGGAGCAAAGGCCAAGAGUUAUGGCCCAUCAGAAUAGGGUGUAUAAAUCUCAAGGCUCAGAUGCCCAAGUUGUCGAUGAUGGCAAUGCAACAUACAAGUGGUGACGAUUAUUACUUUGUAUGCAUGGAGAUCUUCCACAAAGGCGUGAAAAGAACUAAGCAACAAGGUAUACUUCUUUCUAUACGGGAAGGCGCCAGGACGGCAGAUAUUAUCAUGGGUUUGUUGCAGGCGUGCUACAUCCGAAAGGCCCUCCUUGUGAGGAGGAGUUGGUGGGAGAAGAACAUUGUUGGGGGUAAUGAUUCAUUCAAUUCUGUUUUUAAUGAAUGGUUUCAAGUGAUGGAGGAUAGCAAGCAAUGUGCUCAAAGGGAUUUGAGUGUGUUGAAUGAACAACUGUUGGGACUGGGUUGGGCCACUAAAAACAUUUUGUUAAGCACACAGGAGCAGGCUCGGUACAGUUUUGUAGAUGACUGAAGAUUUUAGAUUUUUUUUUUUUUCUCUUUAUGAUUGGCGGCUUCUCCUUCAUUGGAGAGUUUUGGGGAUGGUUCUUAAUUUAAAAGGUAACAAUUUCAUUUUAGCCAAUGAGAUAGCUCUACCUCAAAUUGACACCUUUUCAUUUCAAAGAAUAAGGUGGAGGGGGUGGUCAUUGGUUCCAAGUUCAGAGUGUAUGAUUAAUUUACUGAUACAAGGAAACAUUCUGUUUAUAUUUGCAGUUUUCAUCUUGGGAAAAAUACAUUUUACUUC